AAGGAACUAUUCUAUUAUGGCACUAACACGGAAGGACAAGAUAAUUGCCCUUCUACCACCUGCAUCUUCUGAUCUGAGUGACACAAGUGAAGAUGAAGAAUUUCCUGGAAAGCUGUUUGAUAUGAUAAGGGACUCAAAUAGUGAGUCUUCCGAGGCUCCAUCGAUUCCUGAUGAAGCAGUUGCAGUAAUGGAGGAUAUAAUGAAUGAUUUGUCAAACACCAAUGACGCUUCUCCAGAUGAAGCAACCCCAGUUGUUCAGAAUAUACCAGAAGAAGUAAGUCUCUGUGCAUUUUCGACUCCAAGAACUUCAUUUGCGAUUACACCACUAAAAACCAGAUCACAUUCUAAAACGGGCAAAAAAAGAAAAAAUGUGAGUCAUGCUGUUAGAGACAAGCUGAUAAAAGACGAAGUCAGUAGGAAAAGGAGUAAGGUGAACAAGAAAAAACUGGAAUGUAGCUGGACAAAUGAACAGUUUGCUUUUCCAGUAGAUAUUCCAGAAGACAAUUUUACCACGCCUGAUAGAGUGAAAACGCCAUACGAGUACUUUCAGAUGUUCUUCUCAGAUGAUUUAUUACAAAUGCUCGUUGACAACACUAUUUUAUACUCAGUUCAACAAACCGGCAAAUCAAUAUGUGUCACACUCGAGGAAAUGAAAGAUUUUUUGGCUAUUCAAAUCCUGAUGGGAAUAGUCGAAGUGCCAGCUUAUACUGAUUAUUGGAGUCAAAAAUUUAGAUAUAAUGAUAUCGCGGAAAUCAUGUCGCUAAAACGUUAUCGACAGAUAAGAAGACACAUUCACUUUGUUAACAACGCAAAUCAGAACGACGAUCCUUACUUCAAAAUCAGGCCAGCUUUAGAAAUAGUGAGAAGAAAUUGUAUGAGUGUAGAAGAAGAGAAAAAACAGAGUAUUGAUGAAAUGAUGGUACCAUAUAAAGGGAAGAAGGCCGGGUCAAAGCGGCAAUAUAUAAAAUCUAAGCCCAAAAAGUGGGGCUUCAAAAUCUUUGUGAGAGCAGGUGUAUCUGGAUUGGUCUAUGAUUUUCUCAUCUAUGGAGGAGAAAAGACAUUCAGAGAAUAUCACCAGUUUACCAGCGAAGAGAAUACUUUAGGAUUAGGAGCGAAAGUUAUUCUUAGUCUAUGCAAAUCUAUGAAAGCCCCUAUCUGCUCGGCUGUGUAUUUUGACAACUUCUUUACGUCUUUGGAAUUGGUGCACAUACGGAGACAAAACUACGGAAUUUUAUCUCUCGGCACAAUAAGAUCCAAUCGGCUGGGGAUUUGUUCAUUAGAAAACGACAAAGCCUUGGCGAAAAGAGGUCGAGGGUCAUUUUGCUUCAAAAAUGAUAACGUCAACAAAAUCAGUUGCGUUAAAUGGUUUGACAAUAAGGCAGUCAUUCUUGUGAGCUCUUAUGUUUCAGUAGAGCCAGUAGCUACUGCUACACGGUAUACGAAACACAAAAAAGAUAAAAUUGAUAUACCAUGUCCGAGUAUUGUAAAACAGUAUAACCGCCACAUGGGUGGAGUUGACCUUAUGGAUAUGUUAGUUUCACUUUACAGAACUCGGCUGAAGACUCGUCGGUGGUAUUUAUCUAUUUUUGCUCAAAUGAUAGAUUUAUGCAUGAAUAAUGCUUGGCUUCUUUACCGUCGAGAAACUAAGCUGACGUGUGCAGAAUCAGGGGGCAACGUGGAAAACAUCAGUCUGAAAGAAUUCAGAUACUAUGUCUCGAAAUCAUUGAGAAUGAAAGGAAGAUCAACUGACUCGAGAGUGAACGAGAAUGUAAACCGCUAA